AUGCUGAAUCCGGUAAACGGGUUGGUCUGUUUCGUUAAACCUUCUGAAGGUUCUGUUCUUACCUAUAAUCUUAACACCGGGGACAAAACAUUUUGGUUAGAAACAAGGACUAGGAAAUUACUGAGAGGUCAUGAUGGACAAGCAGCAGUGGACACUUCUAGGAUGAGGUGGGGUUUUGGAUUCGGAUUUGAUCUAGCUACUAAGGAACACAAAGUGGUUUCGGUGUUUGAGACUAUAAAUAAUACAGAAGAAAACAUUUGUAAUGAGAACCCAUUCGGUCUUGAUACGCAACAGUGUGAGAUUUUAACAGUAGGAGGAGUUAGGAAUGAAUGGAGGCAAAUGGAUAAGAAGUUUACUCCGGGUAAAAUAGUUGGUGCAUCUGUUUAUGUGAAUGGUGUUAUCUAUUGGCUGGAUGAACACCAUAAAGUUCAUGAAGUCAUAAUGGCAUUUGAUGUUACAAGUGAAAGGUUUAACAAAGUCGUUGUAAUCCCUACUUUCAUCAAUAAUCGUUGGCGGGAUUAUCCGGUUAAUGGAGGCAUACAAAAUAUUUCGAUAUAUGUAGAUUUACUAGAAGUUGAUGGGCAUAUAGCUUUAUGGGAAAGAGUGGAUGGAUGUUCUAUUAAUAUAUGGACCUACGAUGAGCAUUGGACACAAGAGAAAAUUACAUUACCAUUUAACUUGUGGAACGCGUACGAUGAUUAUGUAUCUAUUGAAGCGAUUACCGGGACAGAUCUCAUCAUCUUCAAGAACUUCAAUCAAGAAACAAAGUUCGAAACUCUUUUUUAUUACAACCGGAAAAUGAAGAACAUUGAAAAACAAGUUGAUAUCAAAGGGAUUUGUUGGGAUCGCGAUGCCGUCGGCUUCAAAUUUUCAACUUUCGUGGAUAGUUUGAUGCCUGUUCAGAGUACGUACCCAUGCUACACCCCUGAAUCCAGGGUUUGA